AUGAGCAAUGGGCAAGGAGGUUACAACAAAGGAUACUAUAAUUACAAGUCCAACCCUGCCAUGUCAUACCGAAACACUGAUGUUGCUAACCCUCAGGACCAGGUCUAUCCUCAACAACAGCAAGCUCGAUCGAGUCAAGCCCCACAACAUGGGUAUGGUCAAAAGAACAAUUACCAAGGACCCCAAGGGACUUUUCCUGGGCAAGCUGAUGGUGUAGUGGACACAAGCAAGAAGCUAGCUGAAAUCAACUCCAAGAUCGAGAAUCUCAACACAAGAGUUUACUCUCUGGAGAAUCAUGCUUCUUCUGUUGCUGCUGCUACAAAGCAAGGACAACUACCUGGUAAAGCUAUUCAGAACCCCAAGGAACAGUGCAAGGUCAUCUUCACUCAAGAAGGACUUGAUGAAGAAGAGGAUCAAGAAAGAGUCAUGGAAGAGUUUUGUUUACUGCUGAAUGAUGAUGAGAUUGUUGCUGCUGAGGCUCCUGGAGUCCAGAUUGAUCAACCAGAAGUGCAUGCACCUACUGUGGCCCUUCACACUUCACCAGUUGAGCUCGCACAACAAGCUCGAUCGGCAGCUCGAUCGAGUCGAACUCUAGCUCGAUCGAGUCCGACCUCAUCUGUCCCAAAGCCGAUCUUGCUUGAUCCUUACCAACCGGUUGACCUUCCUCGUCUCGCCUGCUUAGUCAAGGGCACAAGGAAGUGA